AUGGCGCCUCACCACGCGCCUCACCUCAAAAGAAGCGCUACCGGCACUAUCAAACCACGCAAAUCGCUCCUCAACCUCCCAGCAGAAAUCUGGUCAAAGAUUGGCAGAUAUGCUGUCGACAACGCCUACACCUUGACCGGUAGCUACUUCAUCCGCGGCGAGAGCUGGCCAUACCAGCCUGGCAUCAUCCAGGCAUCUCGGGCUCUGCGGCAAGAGCUUCUUCCUUACUUCCUCAGCACGAAGAUCGAGGUCGGUGGGGCACCAUGCGACAAGCUAGCCAUUGUCGCGAUUGGAAAGUGGCUGCACGCCCUCGAGCCGGACAUGCGGCACUUGGUUCGUGGUAUCUUCGCUGAGGGUAAGCCUCUCGAAGGUGAGGCGCUUGAGGAGUACUUACGGGUGUGGUCGUGGCAGGAGGAUAGCGCUGGCAUGAUGGAGGUGGUGUUUGGGGGAUGA